CCCCUUCCUCUGCCCGGACGUCCGGUCCGCGUACGCGCGCUCCCGAGGCCCCGCCUGCGUCCGGGAGCCACUAAGUAAACGCCUCUGAGAUUGGGCGAGAGACUGCGGCCCAGGCGGGUCAGAGGCCCCGGGCCAGUCCUUCUGUCCCUGCUGUGGUGGAGCAUCACAGCCAGGCGAGCCUGGCCUCCAGUGGCUCCUGGCUCCUGCCUCUUAGCCUGGCUCCCUCUUUCCCGGAAGGAUGUUCCUGGUGGGCCUGACAGGGGGCAUUGCCUCCGGCAAGAGCUCGGUUCUCCAAGUGCUCCAGCAGCUGGGUUGUGCGGUGAUUGACGUGGACGUCAUUGCCCGGCAUGUCGUCCAGCCAGGGUACCCCGCCCACCGGCGCAUCGUGGAGGCCUUCGGCACUGAGGUCUUGCUGGAGAACGGAGACAUCGAUCGCAAGGCCCUGGGGGACCUGAUCUUUAACCAGCCUGACCGGCGGCACCUGCUCAACGCCAUCACCCACCCGGAGAUCUGCAGGGAAAUGACGAAGGAGACCUUCAAGUACUUCCUCCGGGGAUACCGCUAUGUGAUUCUGGAUGUCCCGCUGCUGUUUGAGACCAAGAAGCUGCUCAAGUACAUGAAGCACACGGUGGUGGUGUACUGCACUUCUCAGUUUUCCAAACAGCUCCCCAGCUUCACCCAGUUCACCUCUCAACAUGAGGUAGUAAGGACCAGAGUCGAUACCUCUGAGCUAUGCAAGAACAAACUCAAGGAGGGACUUAAAGAAUUUGUCUGGGGUCACCCACUGGCAAUACCUAUGAACAGAAAGUUGGAGGUUCCGUCGAGGUGCAGCAGAAACGAAUCCAACUAGGAACCAUGAGAUUGUGGGUUCCAUCCCCGGCCUCGCUCAGUGGGUUAAAGAUCCCAUUGGCCUGUGUCUCCCGGUGUAAACCUGCAACCUCUCUGGGUUCUUUGUUCCCUGUUUGUGAAAGACUGUCUGCCGCCAAGCAGACUCCAUGGAGACAGAUUGUUCUUUGCUUUGGAGUUUUAAUACAAUUGAAACUUUGUGUCAAGGGAUCCAAAAGAAAGAAAGAAAGAAAGAGAAUCUUAGGGAGUUCCCACUGUGAUUCAUAGGUAACAAACCUAACUAGUAUCCAUGAGGAUGCGGGUUUGAUCCCUGGCCCCACUCAGUGGGUUAAGGAUCCGUGAGCUGUGAUAUAGGUUGCAGAUGUGGCUUGGAUCCUGCGUGGCUGUGGCUGUGGUGUAGGCCGGCCGGUGCAGCUCCGAUUAGACCCCUAGCCUGGGAACCUCCAUGUGCUGCAGGUGCAGCCCUUUGAAAAAAAGAAAAGAAAAGAAAGAGAGUCUUAGAGUGUAGGUAAGAAAACAGAAUGGGCUGGUUGCAGCUGCAGUCAGCAGGUGGCUCACGGCCACCCCCCGCCGCCGCCUCCCUCCUCCCGUGCCUUUCUUCACGGUGGAUCUGUUUACUAAGAGCAGAGAGAGCGGUGGCUCCUGGCAUGUAAGUGGGGCUGUGGAGAUUCUGCCUGCCCCCCCGGAGAUCCUCCAGCACCACCCACCAGCCAGAGGAGCCUUUACCAGAGUCCCGGUGCCAUACAUGCCCCACUUUUCCCAUAGAUGCUUGUACAGCUUGCAUGAGAGAUGCCUAGGAGAUGCAUGAGUGAUUAUUUGAUUUUCAUAAAAGGGAUCUACGCUUUACAAGAAUAUGGACUCCUCAUGGCAAACUCCCCCUGGUGUAUUUGGAAUAAUGAAGGAUUUACCAAAGUGAUUAUACCAAAGUGUGAUUAUUUGCUUUUGAGGAACUUGCCAGUGGUGAGAUGCAUGUUUGGGCAAAAGUCCCCUUACCAUAAACAACAUCAGUUAACAUACGGGACUAUCCUUGAGCUCCAGGAAGGGCUCUCAGUUCUGCCUUCAUAUCCCAGGAGGCCCCCCCUGGUCUCAGCCGCACCUUCUGAAGGACAUGCGCCCCCUGGUGGCCCCAAGCCAUCUCCAGAUUUUCCAGGCCUCAGAUUUGCAGUAUCCCCAACUAAGGUUGAAUAUGGUCCUUGUUCUCAGCCAGGCAGGGAUGGGCCCCCUGACCUUGACAGCACAUUGUCCCCCUAACAAAGGAAAUCAGAAGUCCUGUCUACUUCGCAAGGCAACUGCCAUCCUUCUCCAAGCUCUUCCCUAAUCAGCCAGCCAGAAAUGACUCUACAGCAUCCACUUCUGAAUGGCAUUGGGACUGGCUGGUGUUCAGGUGAUUCUGUCCUCGGAAGGUCUGACUUCACAUCCCAGGGGCCUCUCGAGUGUGCCACCAGUAGGAGGGGACUAAACUCUAGUGAUCAAAGCCUCCCAUCUUAUAAUGGAAAGUUCAGGCCUGGUGGCAAAGCAGAGAGACCCCAGAUGGCAGAAGACAGCUGCUGCAGCCCUGUCCCCCUUGUCCCCAUUGAGGGCCUCAGGUAGUCAGAGAGCUACAGGGGUGUCAGAGAUGACCCCAUUCCAGAGGACAGCUGGGCAGUCCCUCUGUAGCCCAAAGCAGGACGGGGUUUGCCGAGGGAGGUCCCGGGUGGUAACAUCAGUGUAGGCGAGAGGGAUUCUCUGAAUUCCCUUUGCAGUUGGGAGACUGGGUGUUGCCUGGCACAUUCUGCUUAGUUCUGUCCCAAGCACUGAGGUGGGGGAGGGGGCCCAGUUCUCAAGUCCUUUCUCAUACUGGAAGCACCUUGGGGUGAGCCCGUCCCGUUUCAUCUGUGGCAUCAGGCCCAGUGGCCACCAUCUGAGCACAGUCCCUUUGCUCUGAACGUGCAGGGCUGGGUGUGGGGAGCUAUGGAGAGGGCUCUGUUUUUGAGGUGACAGCCCAGGCCCCCAGGGGAACUGCAGGAAGUGUUUCGUUUGCAAGCACAGGCUUUCCGUAAAGGUCACCCAUUCAGGGAUGAAGAAUGUAGUUGAUUCCAGGUGAUCAAAUCCUCCCACCUUAAAACUGGAGCAUUUCGGGGGCUUCCCGUGUGGCUUCCAACAAAGCUGGGGAUCUCGGGGCUCUUAGGUAGCCCACGGUGCUGCUAGGGUCCUUAAAAAGAGUGGGGUGAGGUGGGGGGGGUGCUGAGCUUCCAGUGCGGGUGGGA